AUGGAUCUGCUGGGCUACGGGAAAUCACCAGCUCCUGAUGACGUCUCUGCUUACUCCUGUGAGAAUCUAGUCGCCCACCAGCUGCUGCUCUUAUCCCACCUCAAAAGCAAGUCCGCCAUCUGGGUCGGACACGACUGGGGUUGCGGGCCGUUGUGGACGCUGGCAUCACACUGCCCGGAGAAAUGCCGCGCCAUCAUCUCAAUCUGCAUCCCAUACCGAGUCCUUGAGCUCGGACUGGAAGAAUUGAAGAAAUGGGGCAUCAAUCGCGAGAUCUAUCCGGAAAAGGAGUUCCCGCACGGACAAUGGGAUUAUCAGGUCCACUACGAGCAGAAUGGAAGAGCUGCUGCAGAGGAAUUCCAGAAGCAGACACCUCUCGCGGUUAGACUGUUCUUCGGGAAGGCUCGACCUGGUAGCUUCAUGAAACCCGGCCCAACUGCUUCUGUCACCAAGUUUGGGAGCUGGUUCGCCACGCGAGGCUCACUUGAAGUGCCACUGAGCAACACGGUGCUUGACGAGGAGAUGUAUGAGGCACUGGUCGAGUCGCUUGAGAGGAAUGGGUGGUGGGCACCAACGGCUUACUAUCUCAAUCAUACUCGGAAUAGAGAGUACAACAGAGACGAGAAUGUCCACAAGGGAGGUGUACUGGAUAUGCCGGUGCUCUAUAUCGAUGCCAAGUACGACAGCGUUUGCAGCGUUGCGCAGACCCCGACACUGGCGGAGCCGAUGAAGCGACUUUGUAAGGACUUAGAGAUGGCGAGCGUGGACACGGCGCAUUGGGCCAAUCUGGAGCAGCCCGAUGAGUGCAACGGCUUCAUGACGGGGUUCUUCAGGAGAAAGGGGCUGCUGCCGGAGGCGGAGAAGGCAAGAUUGUGA